CGGGGCGGUUUCGGCGCGCCAGUGUACAACGAGCGUUCCACGAGCGCGCACACGCGUGCUCCACGUUUCCAUCUCGUGCCCUCUCGUUACACGUGACCACCACCUCAUCCAUCUCCACGCGUGUAACCAUCGUGCUCGCGAGUAAAGAUUGGAGGAUUCCGUUUCCUCGGGGUUUCCGUCGCGAGUGAGCGUCCCAUGCGGAAGAACGGAAGAGAGAGGUGGAUCGGAGGCUGGCUCCUCGCAGAUUCCUGGGCUGUACCGUGUUCACGAGCUACGUUACGGCUACGCGGGGAGGGUGGCAAACGCGUUGAUCGUCGGCACGCAUCGGUGGGAAGAAGCGCGAAUCAACGUCGGUAUGGACGUUGAUCACCGGCGUCUCGUUUGAGUCCCCGCUUUAAUAACCAGUCAACCACGCCAACUAUUUCAUUAGACGGAGGGAUCCCGUUGGAGGAAGGAUGGCCGAAGGUGGUCGCGUCGCGUGAUCCACCGAGUUUGGGGGGAAGGCUCGCCUUUGACUCGCCGUCUCCCUUAUCCGGGCGGGAAAGGAGGCAAAGGAUGUAGCGCGAGGUGUCCCCGCCAAGUUUAAUAAGCGUACCGACUGCUCGCCACACAUGCACCUGUGUCUGCUGCGCCGGGGGAUCGCUAUCGAUCUCGAGAUAACGAUCGAGCGAGUGUUAUCCCUCCCUUAAGCAUAGAGGAGGAGGAGGAGAGAGGAAGGGAGAGGAAUCCGAGGGAUGCGUCGGUCGAGAGAUGUUUCAUUCUCGAGACGAGAAUUCGCAAUUACAAUGGAACGAAGAGGGGGAUGAAAAAUGCGAUACACGUAGAGUGUUUGAAACUCGACUGGGAUAGGGGCGGGUUGUGGUGGGAGGUUAAGUGAGAUGGAAAGGGUGCAGUGAGGAUGGUAAUAUCGAUGGGCGGAUACAACCAAUUCGGAGAGAUCGCGUGUGUUCAACUUUUUCUUCUUUUGUCGAGGUGAUUGGAAAGUGAGGUGAUGCAAAUGUGGAAUGACGACGAUCCUUUCGUCGUCGUUGUGACAGUGACUUUGGACGCGUUGCUGGCCGCGAUGUCCGAGGGCGAGUCGAGUCAGCGGCGAGGGGGCGCCUCCUCGAAAUCUCGUGCAGCCUCCUAUUGCUCUUUCCCGCCCCUCAUCUCGAUGCGGAAUUUACUUCCAAUCCGAGACGAACGGGACCGCGGUAUGCCGAACACACGACCCGUAGAAACGGUUCGACGAAAUGGAACGUGGACAAGGGAUUGACAGCUUCCAAGUAAUUUCCAAAUUUUUCUCCCCUUUACAUCUAAAACAAAAUUUUCAAAGAACGAUUUAAAAAAUUCGGAGACUAUGAUACCUUGAUAACUCGAUCACGUGUCCGGCCAAUCGUUCGGUUCAUCGUUUCUGGCAAAGGUUGGACGACACGAGAGAGUAAAAUAUAUAUAUGAGAAGAGGAUAGAGAGUGUGCACGAGAAGAGGAAGAGGGUGAAAAGUAAGGGACAAAGGAGGAGGGAUAGGUGGAAGAAGAGAAGAAGGGAACGACGGACUGCUGCAACGUGGAAGUUGAAGAAGCGGAGGAGGGGAGGAGAAAGGACAGAAAGCAGGGAAGUUUCCGUCUGUCCAAAGUGGAUGGGGGUGAAAAUGUUCGGAGUGUUGCUGGCAUGUGUCUGGCUGGUUGCCGGCUCCCCGUUACAUCCCUGGCCGCUAAUACCGCACAAAGCGAUCACUCAGGGAUCGUACAUCAGAUACUACACAGCCGUCUGGUACGACACCGCGGCUCUAAAGGAACAUCGGAGCAGAAGUCGUCGUGACGCUUCAACUUCCGGCUAUCCGGGAGACGCGACGCUGAAUCUACGUCUUCACGCUCUCGACAGGGUGUUCAAGAUGAGGCUUAUCAGAGAUACGAGCUUGUUCCACGAAAAUGUCGUCUUCGAGGGAUCGAACGGCCGACAAAUUGCUUUCGACCCGAUGCAUGCCUACAGCGGAACCUUGGAGGACGACGAGAGCUCGUCGGUGCACGGGAUGGUGACGGAGGAAGGCCUCUUCGAUGGAACGAUCUCGACGGCAUCGGGCGAGAUCUACAUCGAGCCAACGAGCAGAUACGCUCCCCCCGUGUGCCAUCGGCAAGACGGCAAGGAUAACGACACGACAGACGCCAUGCAUCACCACACGAUCGCGUACCGUUCCGUGGACGUUCACGUUCCCCGCCGCAAUGGAUAUCCGUGCGCGAGCGGGCUGUUGCGGGAGAACACGUUAAAUGAAUUAAGGGCGAACGGGACGUGGAGUGGAUAUCUCGGGGGCACGGCGCGGCCGCUUUAUCAAUACGAGGGGAAGUCCCGUGCCAAGCCCGGCCUGUACCCGAAAGACGUUAGGAAGAAGGACCCGAUGGCGAGCUCGCAUAAUUUAGAGGUGCUCGACAGAUUGUACAGGGAGCGAUACUCGAGAGUGCUCCGCAAACGAACCUCGGUGGAUCCAAAGAAGACCACUUGUAUGUUAUAUCUACAAGCUGAUCACACGUUCUUCAAUCAUUACAAGUCGGAAGAGGCCAGCAUCGAGGUGAUGACUCGCCACGUGCAACGUGUCAACUCUAUAUAUAGGUAUACAGAUUUCAAUCAGGAUGGUCAACCGGACAAUAUUAGCUUCAUGAUAAAAAGGGUGAAAGUCCAUGGUGAAGAUGCCUUAAACGAUCCAAGCUACAGGUUCACCGGUACUUAUGGGGUAGAAGAAUUCCUCGAGUUAUUUUCCGAGGAGGACUACGACGCGUUCUGUUUGUCGUACAUGUUCACGUAUCGUGACUUCGAGAAGGGAACUUUGGGCCUGGCGUGGACCGGGGAUCUGAAAAACGCGGGCGGAGUUUGCGAGAAAAACGGGCACUACAGAGGUAGCAUGAAAUCGCUCAACACAGGUAUAAUCACCCUCCUCAACUACGGCAAACACGUACCACCGACGGUUUCUCACGUCACUCUUGCUCACGAGAUCGGUCACAACUUCGGAUCCCCUCACGAUCCAGACGAGUGUUCACCAGGCGGGGAGGACGGAAAUUUUAUAAUGUUCGCAAGAGCAACCAGCGGGGAUAAACGAAACAACAAUCGAUUCAGCCCUUGCAGCCUGGUCUCCAUAAAUCCAGUUCUAAAUGCCAAAGCCCGCUCGUCCAAGGGGUGCUUUGCCGAGCCCCAAAACGCCAUCUGCGGGAACGGCGUGGUGGAAGAUGGCGAGGAAUGCGAUUGCGGAUGGGAGGAGGACUGCAACGACCCUUGUUGCCAUCCCCAACGGCUCCAUCACGCCCUUCACGAGCUACCUUGUCGUCUUGCCGAUGGCGCGGUGUGCAGCCCCAGCCAAGGCCCUUGCUGCACGUCCGGUUGCACCCUGCGCAACGGCGAUAAGUGCAGGGACGACAACGGUUGCAGGGACGCGAGCUUUUGCGACGGGCGUAGCCCCCAGUGCCCGCCAUCCAUCAACAAGCCCAACAAGACCAUAUGCAACGAGGAAUACGUCUGCUACAUGGGGGAAUGUACCGGGAGCAUUUGCCUGGCUUACGGAUUGGAAUCCUGUCAGUGCAUCGCGGGACCCGACGAUCCCCCGACCAAAAGCUGCGAACUCUGCUGUAAAUUGGCAGGAGAGGAUCAACCGUGCCUAUCAUCGUUCGCAUGGAAUUCAGCGCCUUACGAUAUUCCUGACAUGCUGUCGAAACCAGGCACACCGUGCAACGAUUACAAUGGCUAUUGCGACGUCUUCCAAAGAUGUCGAGAGGUGGAUCCCAGCGGGCCAUUGGCAACUCUGAGAAGACUACUCUUGUCGGACGCCAGCCUAGCAAGCUUCCAACGAUGGAUGAUCGAUCGCUGGUACAUCGUCGCGGCAAUUAUCCUCGUCUCACUUUUGAUCUUGGCGUUCCUGGCGUAUUUCCUGGCCAAACGACGGGACAACCGUGCAAGGAAAGGCGAGGCGAGAAACACGGGAGGCGAGGAGGCGGCGACGAGGGGGCGCUCGUCCGUGCGGAAGAUACGAUCUAUGGACAUUUGGUGGGUGAAAAGGAGGAUCGUCGAGGCUAUGAAGAGCAUCGCGGCGUCUCCUCGUCUGUGGAAGAGGGUGGAUGGCCCCUCGGGGGGUGGCACGUUCCUCGCAAGGAUUUCUCGACUGGUGGCGGACAGAGAUUCGGCGGGCGCCCGAGUGUCGUCCGAGGAGGAGCAAUGCUCCAACGAGGUGGAGAAGUUGUGCAAGAAUGGCGGUGAUGAGACGAGGGUGGGGAGGGCGAAAGGUGGAAAGGAGAGCGUGCAGAAGCGAGGGGAGGAGGAGGAGGAAGUGGACGUUUGGAGGAGAGUUUGCUCGUUGCUCGUCGGGAAUCGGGGCGCGCAUUCGUCCUCCCACGCGAGGAGGAAAUCGAGCAACAACAGUGAAUCGGCGCGUGGACCCCGCGGGUGGAGGAGGAACGUUCAAGUGUGCACCGGUUCCAAGGUGAUCGUGAAAUCUUGUAGGAGAAGUGACAGAUGCCAAACCGAACCUCUGGUGAUGCCAGACACUCCCGAUACACCUUGCGAGGUGUCAGAGAUGAGAUGUCAAACGUCGGAUUUGACCGUGCUGCUCUCAGAUAGUUAGUUUCGAAGAGGGAGAUCGUGCAACGUUUCUGUGAAUACUUGCAAGUUCCUUCAAGUUAUAUUUUUUGGGAAAAAUAUCGUUCGACGGGAA